GAGACAUUAUUGUACUUGUUACUUAUUGCGCUGUAACAAAUGUACACAUACAGUAAUUGAACAUUUAAGAUUUGUUUUAAUGAAGAGCUGUGAUGGUUGGAGGAGCAGCUUUAUGCCCACAGCACAGCCCAUGAAGCGAUGAUCCCUUUGUGUUGGUCUCCAUAGUUACCCUGUCAAAGACUCCACUGACAAUGGAGAUGUCAGCGGCUACAGGUGGCCUGGGGAUGUCUGGUCACCGUCAGCACUCCGGCACAGUGAAAAGGAGGAGGUGGGGUGGUUUGAGGCAGCAGUGGAAGCUCCUGGGCUUGUUUGAGAUCGAUCAGCAGCACGAGUUCUACAGUCUGACCUGCAUGAUGAAGGAGGGAUUGGCAGCAGCCACCCAAAACACCACACACAACGCACCUACAAAUGAACUGUCAGAUGAUGAUUUCAGAUUAGAGGUCACUCAGAUUCAUAAGGAUUUUACAAUGGAGACGUUUGCAGGACCGGUGUUUGCUAGCCUGCGUGGCUCUUUGGGAAUGACAGAGCAGGAGUAUCAGCAGUCGCUCUGUUCUGAAAACUGCUACCUGCAGUUCAUCAGCAACUCCAAGAGCAAGGCCGACUUCUUUCUGACAAAUGACAAACGCUUCUUUUUGAAGACCCAGAACAAAAGGGAAAUCAAAUUCCUUCUGGCCAACCUGAAGAUCUACAUGGAACAUCUGAGGAAAUAUCCCCAUUCACUGCUGGUCAAGUUCCUAGGUGUUCACAGGAUCAAAAUCCCACACAGACGGAAGAAAUACUUCAUUGUUAUGCAAAGUGUGUUUUAUCCAGAUGAUCGAAUCAAUGCCAGGUACGACAUUAAGGGCUGUGAGGUGAGUCGCUGGACAGAGCCUGCACCAGAGGGAAGUCAGAUUAUUGUUGUUCUCAAAGAUCUCAACUUUGAAGGCCAGUACAUCACUCUGGACCGGCAGCGUCCCUGGCUCAUGCGGCAGGUGGAGAUCGAUACACACUUCCUCCAGAGGCUCAAUGUGUUGGACUACAGUCUCCUCCUGGCUCACCAGCCCUUACACCACGAUGAGCGCCACCAGAGUCUCUCCUUUGCUACUCUCAUCAUGAGAACCAAAAAAUCAGUGAAUCCAGGCUCCAGCCCUCUCCAUGCAGGCAUUGCUGCUGUCCCUGGGGCAGUCCCAGAAGAUGACUCCACCUUACUUUUGUCAGAAAGAGAUGGCAGAUGUCUGAGGCAAUCACAAGCAGGAGAUGCAUCAGGUGGUGGAAGCCUUCAAACAUGCCCAGACAGUGAUGCAUCUGAGCUUCCUGACUUCAGGACUCAAAACCGACGUUUACUGCCCAACUUAAAGAAUCCUCUGCAUGUGAUCGAUGGGCCCGAGCAACGCUACUUCAUCGGCAUCAUUGACAUUUUCACAGUUUACAGUUUUAAGAAGAGACUGGAGCAUUUGUGGAAGAGGCUGAGACAUCCAGGCCGGUCCUUCUCCACCGUCAGUCCGCAGACUUACUGCCUCAGGCUAUGUCAUUGGGUACAGGACCAUACCAAGUAGACCCUGCAUGAGUGGUGGAGACUUCCUACCAACUCUAACUACGCAUGUCUAAACAACUAAAUGGUCACACACAUGCACACACAAUCAUUUCAUCUUCCACAUGCUCAUAACACAAGCCUGACUUCUAUUGCUUUGUAUUUGUUCCAUUUUGAGCAUAGAAAAUAUUAAGAAAUCAGAUUAUAAAAUAUCAAAUAUUUUCUGCAGGCAUGUAAAUUAUAUUUUGUAGAGAAAUUUGUAUCAAUACAAUGAGACUGCUGAUAUGCAAAGAAUCAUUUCAAACAAAGAAAGUAUUUUGUACUCACCAAAUUUAUUGCUGUCUACUACAUAGUACUUUUUGUGAAACAGUCAAAUAAACAAAACAAACUGCAAAUGUGUUUAAACCCACUUUGUGUCCAACUUUUAGAAACAGCCAAAACCAACUCCACUUCUCCAUGUGGCUGAAAUUACGCCAUGUUUUCACAUGUUGAAAGUGCUGGCAAACUUUAAAUAUACUGUAGCAGGGAUUUUGAAAGAGAGUAAAUUAAUGACACUAAAUAAAAAAGAUUAUUAUUGUGAGCCUAUGCGGA